AUGGGCCUGAUCAGGGUCCUGGGGGAGAUGAGGUGCCAGUACGAGGCCAUGUCUGACGGCAUCAGCCUGCAGGCCAUGUCCUGCUCUGAGGAGCUGCAGUGCUGCCAGUCAGAGAUCCCAGAGCUGGGACUCUGUGAACGCCCUGGAGGGGGAGCUCCAGGUCCAGCCCACACCAACACCCUCAUGAGCUGGCACCCAGAGUGUGAUGCUUUGUGUGUGAACCGUCUUCUUGGAUUUCCUCAGAUCUUGUGCAGCAAGGCUGAGAACGCCAGGCUGAUUGUGCAAAUUGACAAUGCCAAGCUGGCUGCUACCUCCCAUGAUCGAAGGCACGAGAGUGAGCUCGCCCUGCGCCAGCUGGUGGAGGCGGAUAUGUGCGGGACCCAGAAGCUCCUGGAUGAUGCCACCCUGGCCAAGUCCGACCUGGAGGCCCAACAGGAGUCUCUGAAGGAGGAGCAGCUUGCCCUCAAGAGCAACCAUGAGCAGGAAGUGAAGAUUCUGAGGAGUCAGCUGGGCGACAAGCUCCGGAUUGAGCUGGACACUGAGCCCACUGUGGACCUGAGCCGGGUGCUGGAGGAGAUGAGAUGUCAGUACGAGACCAUGGUGGAGACCAACCGGCAGGACGUGGAGCAGUGGUUCCAGGCCCAGUCCGAGGGCAUCAACCUGCAGGCCAUGUCCUGCUCCGAGGAGCUGCAGUGCUGCCAGUCGGAGAUCCUGGAGCUGAGAUGCUCAGUGAAUGCCCUGGAGGUGGAGCGCCAGGCCCAGCACACCCUGAAGGACUGCCUGCAGAACUCCCUAUGUGAAGCCGAGGCCCGCUAUGGCACAGAGCUGGCCCAGAUGCAGAGCCUCAUCAGCAACGUGGAAGAGCAGCUGUCCGAGAUCCGGGCCGACCUGGAGCGGCAGAACCAGGAGUACCAGGUGCUGCUGGACGUCAAGGCCCGGCUGGAGGACGAGAUCAACACGUACCGGAAACUUCUGGAGAGCGAGGACUGCAAGCUCCCCUGCAAUCCGUGCUCCACCCCGCCCUCCUGUGUGCCUGCGCCUGCGCCUGCGCCCUGUGCUACUCGUCCAAGCUGUGCCCCCCGCAUUGCCUGUGGGCCUGGAUCAGCCUGCGGAGCCUGCCCUGGGAGCCGAUUCUGA